UUGCUUUGUGUUUUUUGUGCAAAUUGCAGAGCUGAAGAAAGAGGUGAGGGCGAGAAAAGCAAGCAAGGGUUUCGCGAAACGAUGCCGUGUUUGAACCUGUCCACUAACGUGAGCCUGGAGGGCGUAGACACCUCCUCCAUCCUCUCUGAAGCCUCCUCCACUGUUGCCAAGCUCAUCGGCAAACCCGAGGCUUAUGUGAUGAUUGUGUUGAAGGGUUCUGUGCCCAUGGCAUUUGGAGGGACAGAGCAGCCUGCUGCUUAUGGAGAGCUCGUCUCUAUUGGAGGUCUGAACUCUGAUGUGAACAAGAAGCUGAGUGGUGCUAUAGCCAACAUACUUGAGUCUAAGUUGUCUGUCCCAAAAUCACGGUUCUACCUCAAAUUUUAUGAUACCAAGGCCUGUCAGAUUCAAGAAUAUGCACAAUGUCUGCAUGCUUUACACCAGUACUAAAUAAUGGUUCCAACCUUGGGUGGAAUGGAUCAACCUUCUAGGUUUCUACGCUCCAAUCUUCACAUAUUCCCUAUUAAUGCAUGCUCAAAACAACUUUGCUGUAUUGCAAUGAUGUAUCUGCAUUCUGAUUAAUGAUCUUGGACAUUUGAUGUUGCUCAUGGGAUAUAAAUUUGGAUGACCUUGCAUAACUUAUUGGUAUGAAGGAAUAUCUCGGAGUAUAUGGGGGCUGAAUGAAUAUGUCACUCAGUGAUCUUUCUAUACUCCACCUAUCACCUUCUUACCAAUUGCUUGAUCCAGAGAUUUUCGUAUAGUAAACCCCUUGCUGCUUCCCAACAGUACUCA